UUACCAGUUUUCCUACAAAACAUUCAAAAAUGACAAGUAUUUUUUCUAAUAAGCCGCAUCGUAACAGAUAUAUUCUUAACGAGAAAUACGUUGUGAAAUGGUUGUAAUGAUCACAAAUUGUUUAUACCGUUUAUUUCCGAGAUUUUAAAUUUUCAUUUAGAUUCAGUGGCCUGCUUUUCUUGACGCCGAUAAGUAUUUCAGUUUCUAAACGCCAGGUGGCAGUAGGCUACAAUCACUUUUUCCACCUUAGGUAUUCACUUUGGAGAAUUACCAGCUUUCCCGCCAAAAAGUAACAGUCUAUCGGAAGAUAUGCGGUCAUAGUUGUUUAUAAAUGGCGGUUCGCGCAAUUAAUAUCCAGAAGUAAAUGAAUGUAUGUAAUAUCUACAAUGUUUUUACAAGCAUUAAUUGCGUUAUACUUGGCGUAGAUAGGUUAUAAUCAUACGUCUGAUACCGAUUAUGAAUGUCAAGAAGUGGAUUUCCUUGAAAAAAAUAUCGCACAGCUACAGUCUAGACCCGUUGGCUGAUGAUGUGAAGUCAAAUACUUCGGGCAGCUGCCGAACGGCUAAGAGGCAACUGACACGGCUCGCCUUUGAUGAAACGGAAAAUCGCCUUCUAGCCGUUGAUUCCAAAGGACUGAUUAUCCUAGUUGAACUUGGAGAAUGUAUGAGAUACUGCAAGUUAGGGACAGUACAGUCUUGUACAUUUAUAGCAUUCAAUCCUCUGAACAAAAUUGAAAUACUUGUCGGAUCGAUUGAUGGAACGAUUAAAAUCACAAAAAUAAGUGGAGAUGCCAGAGAGCAUUGCUCACUUAUCGGCCACAAGUUCCCUGUAAAAUAUAUUGCCACUUACAAGAAUUAUGCCUUGACUACUUCUUCAAAAGAAGUUAUAAUGUGGGAUCUUUCUACAUUCAGCAAGGUUCAUCAACUCCGAUUUUUCACUACCAAUGUCAACGUCCGCCGAGCCAGGUUUUCGUCAACAGGAAUCAUAGCUGUACUGUAUCGCGAUUGUACACUACAAGUCUGGGAGUUUGAACGGCUUGAUCAGGACACUAAAAUUAACGUGAAACCAUUCGGGCUACGAGAUGUUCGCGAUUAUCAGUUUACAAAAGAUGGACGGGCGAUGGUGAUGGCAGGAAUAUCGAACAACAUCGUCAUCAUAAACACCUUCAAAUGGGAUUUGAUCAAACGUCUCGAAUUACCGGAUGGACUGGCGUGUAUAAAAGAGCUCAGCUUUUUGCCCCAAGUCCUGGAUGGAGGUGCUAACAAAAUCUUGGCCAUCCUAUGCUCCGAUCACACCUUGCACUUUAUAGAUUUGAGUACAUCUUGUGCCGUGCCGCUGUCGUCAAGUAAUCCUUUGGUCGAUAUCAAUCACCUUAGUAUAUCACCGAAUGGGCGGUAUAUAGCGUGCAUAGACAUAGCGGGAAGUCUAAGAUUGGAAAUAGCAGAUAAUCUGUUAUCAUCGGAGCCCAAGCAGAAGGCAAAGAUUUUUAAGCCAAAUCAAUCUCGUUCUCAUGACUUGGGUCAUCACUUGAGAUGUGUCAGACAAUAUAUCCAGGAAGAAUUAAAUUUGAAAAGACUUAUACCCAUAUUAAAAGAGUUUGGAGAGUAUCCACGUAAACAUCGUCCGCUUAUAUGGGCAUCAAUAUUGGAGUUGCCAAGAAAUCUAUGUGCCUACUCAGCUUUGACCAACAAAACCCCUCAGCAAGGACUGAUGGAGAAGAUUUUGGUCGAUUACCCCCUGGCGGAUAAGGGCAAAGCCUUGGUUCUGGCCACGAUCAUCAACUGUUUGGUUCACUGGUGUCCUCUCCUCUCACACAGCACUUUUUUGCCACGGCUCGUCUUUCCGUUCAUUGUUGUUUUCCAGGGAAAUCACCUGCUCGCUUUCGAAAUUAUCAUCUCAGUAUUAUCAAACUAUUGCCAACGAUGGUUCGAAUAUCAUCCUUUACCUCCAUUGAACGUUUUAGCUAUGCUAGAAAACGUUUUAUCUGAAGCUGACCCUUUGCUCCUAAAUUACUUUUGUGAAAAAGGUGUAACGUCAAGUGAAUACAUUUGGCCUUUGCUGCAAACCACACUGAGUGAAGUACUUUCCGGAGAUGAAUGGUUGAUUUUAUGGGAUCAUCUUUUCUCAUCUGGUCGCUCGACUCUUUUAUUAAUGAGCUCAAUCGCCUACAGCAUUUGUUCACGGGAAGUUAUCAUGUCUCAAUUGCAUUCCACCCAGGACUUUACACAGUUCUACCGUGCACAGGGGCAUGUAAGAGUCGUAGAUUUAUUGAGAGUGGUACGUAGAUUAGAUCAAAAUACACCGUAUCAUCUCCACCCGGACAGAUAUUUGAGGAGCACGAUGCAUCGGUUACCUAAAACAGGACCAUACCCCUCAUUUUUGAAUGACCAGUAUCCAAAGUAUCUUACGGAGGAUUCACAAUUGGAACUGCAAAGAUUACAACGAAAUGAUGAGCAAGCAACAAUACUUAGACAUAGCAGACGUUGCCACUUGAAAGCCGCGGAAGAAAGAAAACUGCGAAUAGAAAGAGAUAAUUUUCUAAAAGAAAUUGAGGCUGCUAGAGUAGACGAGCAACGUCGAUGUUACGAUGCAAAAGUUUUGAACAACAAAUUAAGUUUAAAAAAUCUCUACAAGCAAAAUCGAAAUACUAGGAAGUCCCACGACCUCGAAGAAUCCAGCAUCGAGACAGAAGAUCAAGCUAUAGAACAACAAUUGCAAGCUAAACAGUGUCAAACAUUGCAAGGUCAAGUAAAAAAAUUGGAAUUCGAGGUUCAAACAUUGUUAAAAACACUAGACUCUAGUACUACUACACAAGUCACAAUUUGUAAAUAACGCAAGUUCAUCGCUGGUAGAACAUUAAAUGGUGUGAGAUAUUAUAGAACAGACCGACGUGCUCAGCCUUUGCGCUCAAGAAUGAAUUGACCGUAUUGUACUGAAGUAAAUAUCUCAACGUUGAAUAAUUGUCCCUGUAACAAGAAUAUUAUACAUAGUGUAUCAAAUGACAAACAUAUAUUAACUCUGAAUAUAUACAAAAUAAUUGUUCUUGGAAAUAAAAAUUUUUUACAAAUAA